AUGGCUUCAAAUGUUGUGAGGUGGAUUGCUUUAUGCUGCUUUGUGGCAUUCAUAUUCCCUGACUGUGUUAAGGGUGACACAUACACCACGAACAAUCAGUAUAAUACUGCUGCUCAUAACUACGCCCUGGAUGGACUGUACUGUGCUACAUAUGACUCUGAUCAGACCCUGCAGUGGCGCAGUCAAUACCUUUGGACUGCAUAUUGUGACCAAGCUGGAGGUCCAAUGGGAGCUUCCCUAUGCGGCAAAUGCAUCCAUGUGACAAAUGAAUCAACAGGUCAAAGUGUGACGGUACGAAUUGUGGACCGGUGCCAAAACGGAGGAUUGGAUUUGGAAAUUGCUGCUUUUAAUGCCAUUGAUGGAGAUGGACAAGGGCAGUUUAACGGGCAUAUGAUUACUACUUAG